AUGGAACGCCUUUUCCAAUUAUUCAACUAUCUGGAAAUGCAUAAAGCCGAUGAUAAUCCAAAAUCCAAGCUGGGGGAUCUCCUCCCAUACUACAUCAAGGGCGACAAAGAGCCGUGGCACUUCAAUGGCACGACCAAAUGGGGCGAUUACGCUUCAAUUUCAGCUGAGGGAUUAGGUCCAUGGAAGUUGAAUGAAGAUGACAAAAUCCCUGAAGACAUUUUGAAAAACCCGCCAGGCGGCGUCUUCGAGGAGAUUAUAAAAACCUUCCGAGAAAAGCUCAUGCAAGACAAGGCUGCCAGCAACAAGUCCAGCGAGGAAUGGGAAUACCUCAUGAAAUACGAUAAUCAUAGUACUUGA